AUGGGCCACUGGUCUGAGUGGUCCCCUUGCUCCUCAACGUGCGAGAAGGGCUACUCAGUCCGAGAGCGUACCGUCGAGGUACCUCCCCAAAGAGGCGGAGAAGCUUGUCCUUCAGCUUUGAAGGAGAUCCAGAAUUGCAAUGCCGGCGUCAGUUGUUUUGAGGGCCGCGUUGACUGUGUAUGGGAAGCCUGGACUGAAUGGAGCGGGUGUGAUGCGUUCGACAAGAUGACGCGCACACGUGGUUAUGCUCGUCAUGCAAACGGAGGACUUGAAUGCUCUGGCAGCUUCCGUGCCAUCAAGGGUUGCAGCAGUCCUGGUUCGGGUUCGUGCCCAGUGGCAUGGUACAACUGCUCCUGGAGUGUUUGGUCUGACUGGACUUCGUGCUCAAAGACAUGCGGUCGAGGAGGAGCUCGAACUCGAAGUCGCGAUCUUCAGGUGAGCGAGAAUCCAGUCGAAGCUUCGAUGCAUGCCUCGGCGCAGGUAAGCAGAGAGGUUGUGGACAGGCCUGUGAUCGCGGACGAUGACGGGUCCAAUGUUGACUUCAAGUGUGCCGACAAUUUGUACUGGAAAGAUCAGUGGCCUGCUGAUGUGGGAGAGUACUGCUGCAAAAACCAGCAGGUGUGCGAGGACUAA